AUGGAGACCAUCUGGAUCUACCAGUUCCGCCUCAUCGUGAUCGGGGACUCCACAGUGGGCAAGUCGUGCCUCCUGCACCGCUUCACUCAGGGCCGCUUUCCCGGGCUGCGCUCCCCAGCCUGCGACCCCACCGUCGGCGUGGACUUCUUCUCCCGCCUGCUGGAGAUCGAGCCGGGCAAGAGGAUCAAGCUGCAGCUCUGGGACACGGCGGGACAGGAGCGGUUCAGAUCAAUAACUCGAUCUUAUUACCGCAACUCGGUUGGUGGAUUUUUAGUAUUUGACAUUACUAACCGACGAUCUUUUGAACAUGUGAAAGAUUGGCUAGAAGAAGCAAAAAUGCAUGUACAGCCAUUUCAGAUUGUAUUUCUGCUAGUGGGACAUAAAUGUGAUUUAGCUUCACAACGUCAAGUUACAAGGGAAGAAGCUGAAAGACUGUCAGCAGACUGUGGUAUGAAGUAUAUAGAAACCUCAGCAAAAGAUGCUACAAAUAUUGAGGAAUCCUUCACUAUCUUGACAAGAGACAUAUAUGAGCUUAUUAAAAGGGGAGAAAUUUGUAUUCAGGAUGGCUGGGAAGGGGUUAAAAGUGGUUUCGUUCCUAAUACUGUGCAUUCUUCUGAGGAAGCAGUAAAACCCAGGAAAGAGUGCUUCUGCUGA